CAUGGCUUCCCCGCAAUGGCUUUAGUGGUUCGCACGUGGUGAUUUUGGCUUACAGUACAGUACCUGAACCUCCAGAGCGGACGCCGCCGCCCGGUCGAGGAGGGGUGCUCGCUCUUCGUGUGGACUUUCCUAAGUCGGGCAUUCUAGCUUGUCAUCCUUGGCUCGGCCAGCUUCACUUAUCAGUCCCCAGUGCCUUCUUUCGUCCCAUGCCGCAGGCGUCCCAAGACAUUCACACCUUUUGCUUCAAUUAUCUAGCUGUUGUUCGUAACAGGGGCUGUUGCGCUGUUUCCUUGCCCAAAUACCCAACCAGACGACCCUUCUACCAGAGCUGCCAAUCCUAUCAGCUUUGACGCAGGCACCUAUAUACCCCGAUUCGCUGUGCCUCGGGCUUGAUCGCACGAAACAUGAAGGUCACCAUCCAGCAGCUGCUCUGCCUUGCCCUGGGCUAUGGUGCUGCAGUCUCACAGGCGUGCGGGGGGGCUCACGGCGACCACGAUGGCCGCCAGGUGCGCCAGUGGACGCAGCAGGAGAUUGAUGAGCUCGAGCGGAAAUGGGGAACCGAUUGGUCGUUCUCUGGCAUCUCGACUUUCGCGCAUCUCAAACAUGUCAAAUGCCUCACGACACCGACGGAGCCGUUUGACAUUGCCAUUGUCGGUGCUCCGUUCGAUACAGCUGUGAGCUAUCGUCCCGGAGCACGCUUCGGGCCCAGAGCCAUCCGGGCAGCUUCUGCUCGGCAGCUCCCGUACCGGGGCUUCAAUGCGAGAGCAAACAUCAACCCGUUCCUCAGCUGGGCCAAGAUCAUCGACUGUGGGGACAUUCCCGUGUCUCCGAUGGACAAUGCCGUUGCCCUCAAGCAGAUGACGGUCGCAUUCGAGGAGCUGGGCACCCGCGACGUCUCCUCAGCCUCGGUGGUGCACAAGCCUAAGCUCAUCACUCUUGGCGGCGACCACAGCCUCGCCUUCCCCGCGCUGCGCGCGCUCAACAAGAUCCAUGGCGGGCCCGUCCGGGUGCUGCACUUUGACGCCCACCUCGACACGUGGCACCCGGCAAAGUACCCCAAUGCCUGGGGCAGUGAGCAGGCCAACUUCAACCACGGGAGCGUCUUCUGGCUCGCGGGACAGGAAGGUCUGAUUGUGGCCAACAGCAGCUCGGCGUCUGGCAAGCCCAGCGUGCACGCGGGAAUACGGACCCGUCUCUCGGGUACCGACGGAGGGGACUAUGCCGACGACGACGCUCAGGGCUGGGUGCGGAUCAGCGCCGACGACAUGGACGACAUCGGCACCGCGGGGGUCGUCGCGAGGAUCAUGGACACCCUCGGCACCGAGGACCCCGUUUACCUGUCGCUUGACAUUGACGUGCUUGACCCGGCGUUCGCGCCCGGCACGGGUACCCCAGAGCCUGGCGGCUGGACUACGCGUGAGCUCAUCCGCGUGCUGCGUGGCAUUGAGGGCCUGAACCUGGUGGGCGCGGACGUCGUCGAGGUUGCGCCUGCAUAUCAGAACAACGGGGAGGAGACGGCCCUCGCGGCGGCGCAGGUGGUUUACGAGUUGCUGAGCAGCAUGGUCAAGAGAGGCAUUGCGGAUUACCACAAGGCCAAGGUGGUGGUGGUGCCAGAGGGCGAUGAUGUGGUCAAGGACGAGCUGUGAGGUGGACUCGGGGAAGCAAUGGCGAUAGUCAAGCAUGGAGCGGGAGCAAGAGGAUGCGUCAUGCAUG